UGAAAUGAUGCGCGACACACAGGCAGACGCUAUAACCAAUUUUGGUUUCGGAUCCCUGUUUAAUUAAUGUUUAACGCUUAGAUAGUGACGGUGGGUGAUAUUGUGGAAAAAGGACGCGCUGUCUGUCGGCCGUGUAGGUGAAUUAAUUGUCCAUCUUGGAAGUCAAUCCCUUCUCAUCAAACCUACUUCCACCAUGACUACUGCUGUAGCUUUGAGAGAUUCUGCCAAUGUGCCAGUCAGGGGCCCGGGUGAUGGCAUGGAAACAGACAAGCCGCCAGUAAGUCUGGAAAUUGUUACAGAUGCACUGCAAUCAGGCCCAGUUCCCCUCCUGAAGGUGGCCACCCCCAAACACAGCCCGAAAUCUGUCUCUGCUGUGCCACUGACAUCCCCACAGCCUCCAGGGGUGCUACACCUCGGCAAGGUGAGGCAAGAGGCCUGCAUAGAGGUAGAAGCUGUGAGGAUUAUUGUUCCACGCACUGCUAUUAGCCGGUGCGGACGUGCAGCAGCCAAAGAAGGAAGAGGGGAUGCCGGGCAUCAGCUUGAGGAGCAAGGUUCUCCCUCCCCUCCUCUGGUGGAAGACUGGAGAGGAGCACUUGAGAAGCUGCAGAACUCUGAACGCAGGCUGUUGCAGGAUAAGGAAGGGCUUUCUAAUCAGCUCCGUGUACAAACAGAGGUGAAUCGUGAGCUGAAGAAGCUACUGGUGGCCUCAGUAGGUGAUGAUCUGCAGUAUCACUUUGAGCGUCUUGCACGAGAGAAGAACCAGCUGAUUCUGGAGAAUGAGGCCCUGGGCAGGAUCCUGGCACACACUGCAGAGCAGCUGGAACGCAUGAGUAUCCAGUGUGAUGUUUGGAGGAGCAAGUUCUUAGCUAGCAGAGUCAUGGCAGAGGAGCUGACCAAUGCCAGAGCAGCUCUUCAACGCCAGACAAGAGAAGCCCAAGGUGCCAUUCAGGACCUGCUGUCUGAAAGAGAGGCAUUCUCCAGGGACAUGGUACACACACACAGAUCUCUUGAGCAGCUCCUGGUGUCUCUGCAGUGGGGCAGACAACAGACCUACUACCCCAGUGCACAGCCCCUCAGUACGUGCGAGCUGGCCACAGCCAAUUACAAGCUGGCCGACGCCAUCAACUCUCACCUGCUGGGCAAAGUUAACACAAGUGUGAAGAGCAGCAGCAGCAGCUCACCCUCAGAGUUGUGCAACACACCAGCUGAGAAGAUGGCUGAAAAGGUGCUAAAGGUUUUAGACCCCAUCUCCUGUACAGAAAAUGAAGCUGAGCCUUCUCUUGGUGAUUCCUCGCCCUCCAACUUUCUGACCAGUAAGAAGAGUAUUGGCAGGUUCCAUCCAUACACCCGCUAUGAGAACAUUACUUUCAACUGCUGUGAGCGCUGCAAGGGGGAUAUCCUAGUGCUGUAGAGGUCUAAGAGGGGCUGUGUAACCUCCUACAUUACAACC